GGAGUUCUUGGCAUUCGGCCAGCUAGCAGCACAUCGUGCCAGGCUAAAAGUCAGACCAAGAUUUUAUUCCAUUUCCUAGAGGAUUUCAAAAAUAGAUAUAUACUAAAUCUAGAUCUGUGUUGUAUCAAUUGUGAAUAACACGGUAAGAUUAUAGACUGAACGUUUUCAUUCUAUUAGCCACCAAACUAUGUUGACCUAAUACAAUGACCCUGUGGUGCGGCAGUGCCAGGGAAAGACUGCAUUCUGAAGGGGAUAGCUCAGUCUACGAAGAGGAAUAUAAGAUUGUCGUUCUCGGGUCUAAAGAUGUAGGAAAAACUGCCAUUUGUCAAGUUUAUGUUGGAGGACGAGAAGAUGUCAAGCACAUAGACAGACUCGGCGUACAGAAAAAUACCAAAUUUCGUAAAGCAGAGUUUUGUACCUGGGACCAGGUGGAUGGAGUCUCGUGUUGUUUGAGGCUCAGUGAACUACAUUUACCUCUGCAGGUCAACCCUCAGAGAGCUCACGAUGACCCAAUCAUUAAAUCCUUGACCCAACGAGCUGAUGGUUUUCUCCUCAUCUACUCUGUGAUGGACAUGGACAGUUUCUGGGCUACCACUGGCUACUAUGAUCUAAUCAUUGAGUUGAGAGGUCAUGCGGAGACACCACUCGUUUAUAUAGCCAACAAAACAGAUUAUGACGGAGGACAGGUUGUGACCUCAACUAAAGGUCGAGAUGCCGCCUUUGAUCUCGGAGCUUCAUUUUACGAAACGUCUGUCAAGUGUGACCCGGAGAGGAUUAAGUUCGUGUUCCAUGACGUGAUACGACAAGUGAGGUCCGUUAGAAACCAGGCUAAACUUCAGGAACAAUCGUGCACUCGAAUGCGAGGAUUGAUCUGCCGUCUGAGUCUUAGGUCUAAAAGAAAAAGAUCUCAGUCAAGAACAAGACAGAAGUCAUCUUCUUCGGAACAGUCGAAAGAGCUUUCAGGAGAUCAUUCUCCAGAAAAUUCAACUGAGCUUUCAACAGAUCAACUAGUUUUCAAAAGUUGAUGUCUAUAGCAAAUAUGGGCCAAACAUUCCUUGAUGAAGGGAAUGACAUGUUUCUGAUCAUUGAGAACUGUCGGACAUCUUGAGCUAUUCUUAUAGAAACAAAAGUGAAUGCUGAAUGAGUUUCACAAAGAACAAGACAGAUUUCAAACAAGAGUUGCCUAGACUUUUGUCAUUGCUUUAUUUAGUAGACAUUACCUUGAACUCCAGGAGAAAGUCUUCCUGUAAGUUUGACUGAAUUAAAACAUAAAAUAAAAACUCUUUCAACACUUUU